AACGUAAACAAGGAAGUAACAAAUGUGAAUGAGCCGUCUUCAGAAAAAGAUGCCGUCAGCCUAAACUGUCUUUUUGUUUUAGAUAUAUGCAUAUGUAACCACAUGCGAAGUUUGUAUUCAUACACGUAAUCAAGCACAUAUAUGACCGUAAUCCGUUUCAGGACCAAGAAGUCCGAUGUGAGGCGCUGAUAACUCGAUGUAAGAUCUGCUAUAAUGCCAUCGCCUGUGGAUGUUAUCGUGGUCGGAGCUGGUAACAGAGGAGAAAAUUAUUCGGAAUAUGCUGUGAUUUAUCCUGACCGCAUGCGGGUAGUAGGAAUUGCUGACCCCAGAGACUUUGCUCGAAAGAAGCUUCAGGCUCAGCACAAAGUAGCUGAUCUCAACACUUUUAAUGAUUGGCGUUCUAUAGUAGAGAGAGAGAAAUUUGCAGAUGCUGUAUUGAUCUGCACUCCCGAUCGUCUUCACAAGGACCCUGCUGUGGCUUUAGCUAAGAAACGCUACCAUGUAUUGCUGGAGAAACCAAUGGCUGUUACAGAGGAGGACUGCACAGAGAUUGUAGAGACUUGCAUUCAGAGUGGUGUCAUGCUCACUGUGUGCCAUGUUCUCCGAUACGACCCUGUGAUCCACGAAAUAAAAAUGCUGAUUGACAGCGGAGUGAUUGGAGAUGUCAUCCACAUUCAACAUUUUGAACCGGUGGGGUUCUAUCAUUUUGCUCACUCCUUUGUCAGAGGGAACUGGAGAAACGAGGCAGAAAGCUCUUUUGCUCUGUUAGCCAAAUCCUGUCAUGAUCUGGAUCUGAUUCAUCAUUGGGCAGGCGGACGAAGGUGUUUAAAAGUUUCAUCAUUUGGGUCACUUAGCCACUUCACAAAAGAGAAUAAGCCAACAAAGGCUGCAAAUCGCUGUUUAGACUGUCCUGUAGAGGGGGAUUGUGCGUACUCUGCUAAGAAAAUCUACCUGGAUCGAGUGAAAAGAGGGAAUGAUGGCUGGCCGGUUUCAGUAAUUUGUCGCAACUCGGUUCCUGAUAUUGAAUCUGUGACUGAAGCCCUCAGAACAGGACCGUAUGGACGCUGUGUCUACGAUUGUGACAAUGAUGUGUGCUCAAACCAGGUAGUGAACAUGGAAUUUGAAGGAGGAUUGACUGCCGCAUUCACCAUGGUAGCAUUUACAGAGGAAAUAUGUAAACGCAGAACAUCUAUCUAUGGUAGUAAGGGGGAACUGUCCUAUAAUGGAGAUGAUAUCAAAGUGUUCGACUUCCUAACUAAUAGAAGCACAAAGCACACCGCAGACAUGAGAGUUCCAGGAAACUUUGGUAAAGGAGGUCACGGCUCUGCGGAUUAUCACCUGAUCGACUCCUUCAUUGCCGCUGUGAUGAAUAAGGACCCAACUCUGAUUAGGUCAGGUCCUAAGGAGACAUUAGCAAGUCAUAAACUUGUGUUUGCGGCUGAACGUGCCCGUUUGGAAAACAGAGUUAUGAUUUGUGGGAACCCAUGUGAUGGCGAGAACUGAUAAAUGUGUACGAGAGAACCAGAUCUGCACAUUGUCGACUUCUUUUAUAUUCCACUACGUGUUCACAUUUUCUUUGUCGUUCUAGAGGUAACUGGCAUUCUUUUGUGAUUUAUUCAGUGAUUUUAGAAAUAGACCGAAAUGUGCUUUUUUAUGUAAUCAUGUCUGUUUUAAUUAGAAGAUUUAUAAAACAGUACAUGUUGAAUCACAUUUCAUGUACCUUAAUACUCGUAUUUAUUAAUGUAAAACCUGAUGUUUCAUAUUAAAAUUCAUCUAGAUCAAGUUAUGUGACCAUGUAUUCAAACUAAUCAUGUGGAAAUAUGAAUUACCUAAAUAAAAAUAAUCAUAUUUUGGCCAUGGAAAACAAGAGAUAACAAAAAUAAUGGUCUUCUGUGUUUGUACAAGAACUAAAGAUGCAUAAUCAUUUUUGGUUAUGCCGUGGACUAUAUAAAUGGCUCGCAGUCAAUUUAAGUGGCUUGUCUGCCUACCGGUAUGCUUUGAAUUGAUAUAAACGUAAAAUCUGUAAUUUUUGAUGAAAUGAAAAGUGAAUAUUUCUUAAUUCAAAACAUUUAGCACUAUAUAUUAAACCAAUGACAAAUAAUAACACAUGGAAAUGUAAACA